AUUUAUAAAUUAAAGGUUAGAAUACAGUUGAAAUGUUGUGUUCAGCUCUGGGCACCAUACUUUAGGAAAGGUACUGUCAAGGUGAGAAUGCAGAUGGCGUUCCCUGGGGAAAAGACCGCCCAGAUAAAUGUGUACUAUCCGAAACCUGCGGAACCACCUUCCUUCACGUCUGAACAGAUAUGUAAACAGCAGCAGAAUGUAAAUGUUCUCACAAUUCAGAAGUUAUCUAUAACCACCAGCAGCCUUUGUGUAAUUCUACAGAAAGCAGCACAAACUAUGAUGUCCAACAGUGAAUGCAAUGGUCAAACUGAGUACGAUACUUAUGCAAAAUGCCUUGGUAAAGCCUUGUGCUAUAUUCCCACCCCCAUGACAGUUGGGUUGUAUGCACGCUGGGGAUCUGGAAUCAACAGGCUUCUGCACAAUGUAGAAAGACAAAUGAUAUCAGAAGUGCUUAACAGAGAGAAAAAAGAACUGACGAGGACCCAAGAGAAACCUCGGACAGCCACUGGUCUUGGAUUUGUUUCCCUUUUGUUGCAUUUGGUUUUCCUUCAGCCUCAACUGACAGAACAACAUCAAAAGCGGAAAAAUGUCCGAUUUAUAUUCAUUCAAUUCAGUGCAUGGCAAUUUGCGGGAAGUGAAAAGUUGUGGGCUGGACUUAUAACAACAUUGUGUGAUAGCAUUAAAGAUCAGUUUGGAUGCAUUCCAACCAGCAUUGUUAGGGCUCUUGGUCACCAGGCCACUGUACAAACAAGUGAAUCCAGCUGUGAAUGGGUGUCUAAAAAAAUCCUUGGAAUUCCAGUUUGGCUUAUUUUCAGUUUGCUCCUGUUGAUAGCUCUGGCACUAUUACUAGUCAUCUCAAAGUUUGGCUUUUCUGUUGAUGAAAUGGGGAAUGAUUACCUCAUGGCCUUGGAAGGUGUUGGUUUUGGAUUAAUUGGAUGUUCUGCUCUCCUUACAAUGAAAAACUCCGUCAUGGUGGGCAAGAAUAUUUUAGUUAGCCAAAGGGCCAAAAUGGAAAGCCUAAUGAACAAAUCAGACUUCAGCGCUCAACUAGGGUUCAUGAAUGAUGUAAAGCAAGAGAUUAAAAUUCUUACAAACUUCAUCCAUUACAUAGAAAUCUUUGAACGAAGAAAGAUUCGAAUUGUGCUGAAAAUCGUGAGCCUUGACAGGUGCACUCCAGAUAAAGUUGUUGGAGUCUUAGAUGCUAUGAACAUCCUUCUUUCAGAUUUAAAUGCUCCUUUUAUUUCAGUGUUGGCUGUUGACCCUAGCAUUAUCGUUGCCUGUGUGGAGAACUCUAACACUCUCAAGGGUAUGGCAGAUAAUGGCUACGAGUUCCUUAACAGGAUUGUGACGCUGCCAUUUUCUGUCCCAAAAAUGGACAGUGAGACCAAACUCAAUUUUAUUCAGCAAAUAGUGGAUGGCAAGAGUGCCCUUAUGGAAGACACCCCAUUGCAGCCUGAACGACCUGUAGCAAACAAAUGUCAGGGAAACCCUUUGGAAAUUGUGCCGCUGAUUACCAUUUCUAGUGGACAUGGCCAACCUUCUAAGGAAAGAAAUGGGAACUUGAAAACAGGUCACCAUAUCCGACAGGUCUAUCAGUGCUUAGUGGAAAGAGAAAGUAACCUGCAUGACUACAUUGAGGACAACUUCCUGCAGAUGAGGAGGAUAGUAAACAUAAUUCCAAUUAUGGUGGGGCUCAUGCUGGAGAGAAAUGUUCCAAUGAGUUCCUUUCCUCCUCAGAGAAUUGCAGCAUGGGUUAUUCUAGCCAGCUGCUGGCCAUGUCGCCUCAGUUGGAUCUGGCAAUGCUUGGAAGAUGAAGAGCAAAGGAAUGAGUUAAGCAAUGAAAAGAAUAUUAAUGACAAUAUGCUACUGUGGACCAUUUUUGAAAACUCCUCAGACAGGCUGAUAUUAAUUCAAUCCAGCAUUGAAAAAUUAUUGACACUGGAUGGAGAUCCCGAAAUCUUUCAGAAGUUUCUAUCAAUCAGUUACAAAUUUACUGUUAAAGAUGCAAAAAUUAUCCUGCCUUAUACAAUUAAUCUAGAUUGUUCCUUAAAGAGGAAGAUGGAAUUACUUCUCGGAAGCAGAUUAUUAGGGAGAAGAGCAAUCUCAUCCCCUGCCAAUGCUAUGCGUUUAGAAUGAGAGGUCAUAUAGUGAGAGAAAAACGAUAAAACAAACUCCACACUUAAAAGGUUACUUCUCUACUGGUCAAUGAUUCCUCAAGUAUACUGGCCCAACUGUUGAAUCAUACUAACUCAAACAUACAAUAAUAAUAAAGGAUUUGAAGCAGACAAAAACACCUUUUCCUAUGAAUUGAACAGUCGGAGAGCACCUCAAUUAUACAGCACUAUUUUGAAGAAGAGCAGGAAAGUUCUUCCCAGAGGUCUGGCCAACAUUUAUCCAUCAAUUACGUUUCCUCAUAACCUUUUCUGUUCUAAGAUUUUAGCCUCUCUCAGUUUUCCAUAUAACUGAAAUUCGUCGUCCCUGCUUUACCAUUCCUUCAAAGUUCCUCUGCACCAUCUCCACGACCUUCAUAAAUUGAGGCAUUCAAAAUGAACCUUUUAACUGCAUUUCAUCAGUUGUUUCUGUGACAAUGUCAGAAUGUACUGUGGCAUAUAGAAGGUAUAAUCCAACAGCAUCGCUCAGUUAACACAAAUGUAAUACAACAUCCUAAGUAUGGGAAAGAUGUGUAGCUAGAAAUUAGGAAAAGAAAAUCAGUAACAAAUCAGAGAAUGAAAAUUAGGGAGAGUGAUUACAUAUUCCAAAGCCUGGAUUAAUAGACUUCAGAGCUUGAAAAAACUCAUCGAUGUUAAAAAUGACUAGUGCCUACCUCAAAUAUUUAAUUUGCAAAAAUUGAGCUCUAAAUAUGCUGCCCAGAAAAAGACAUUGUAUAUCAUUUGUCUUAUACAAAUACCAUCCAAGUAAUAGACUUAAAACCCAUUUCUGUUCAUUUGCUGUUUAAAUUACAAAGGCUAACUGAAAAACUAGGGCCCAUAAGAUAGUCAAUUCAAAGAUAAUUGGCAAAAGAACCAGAGGGGAGGUGAGGAGAUUUUUUUGUUUAUGGAGUUAUGACUUGGAAUGGACUGCCUGAGAGGGUAAAAUCAGAUCCAACAGUAAAUUUCCAAAGGCAAUUGGAUAAAUGCUUGGAAGGGGUAAACAAAUUGCAAGGCUAUGGAGAAAGAGCAAGGCAGUGGGACCUACUGAGCCAGCACAAGCAUGGUGCUCCAUUGUCCUAUUAUCACUACUGAUUAUUAUUGCAAAAGGGUCUUCAUCUCCAGUCACCCUAGGUAUAUCCAUAUGUGUCAAUGUGUUUAUACUCGAGCUCAACUAUUCCAUAAUCCUAUAUAAUGCCAACUAGUUUCUUCUACUUAAGGAAGUUAUGGUAAACCUAUACAAAACACUGGUUUGGCCUUAAUUGGAGUAUUAUGUCCAGUUCUAGGCACCAUCUUUUAGGGAAGAUAUGAGGGCAUUAGAGACGGUACAGAAAAGAUUCACGAGAAUAGUUCCAAGGAUAAGGAUUUUCAGUUACUUGGAUAGAUUGGUAAGGCAGCAGGGUUGUUCUCCUUGGAGAACAAAAGGUUGAAAGGAGAUUUGAUACAAGUGUUUAAAAUCAUGAGAGAUCUGGACAGGGUAGUUAGGGAAAACUGUUCCCAUAGGUGGGAGGAUCAAGAACCAAAAAGCACAGGUUUUAGGUAAAAGCAAAAAACUGCGGAAGCUGGAAAUCCAAAACAAAAACAAAAAUACCUGGAAAAACUCAGCAGGUCUGGCAGCAUCUGCGGAGAGGAGCACAGUUAAC